ACGAGUUAAAUAAGAGAAUAUAGUUCUUGGGAAAUAUACUCAUGCAAAGAAUAUAAUUAUUUGAUCCUCCUUGCACACUUCUUACCAGCUGGUGGCGAUAAUGCUCCUUUCGUUGAAUCGCCAUAAAACCUCAGAAGAAGACCCUGCGCCAACUGAGCAGUAUAAUAGAGAUGAAUAGAAAUGCUAACAGAUAGCUCUCUGCAGGUAUUUUAGAGAUCCUUGGGUUUGGCAGGUCAUUCCACAUGCCAGAUGAUUUUGAUGGUUUCAUCCCAGAAAUCUCUCAGCUGAAGAAAGAGGUGACGUCACUGAAGACAAAAUUGAUGGAGAGAGACGACAGGUUACAGAUGAUGCAGACACCAGUGAAGAUUGAAGUGAAACAGGAGGAGAUAAAAGAAGAAAUCACAGCAGAGGAACAACAGAGAGAUGAGGAUUUUAUUUCUUCAGAAGUGAAAGAGGAAAGUCAAGAGCUGAUUGAAGUGGAGGAGAAACUUCAGGAUCAGAAUCAUCAUGAUUUCACAACUGGAGAAAAAUCUUUGAGUGACUCAAAGACUAAGAAUUUCUCAACAAAAAAGUCUCAAAGAAGAGCAGCCAAAAAUACUUUCACCUGCUCUCAGUGUGGAAAGAGAUUUACAUGUAAAAGUCAGCUUAACAGACACAUGAGAAUUCACACCGGAGAGAGACCUUACACGUGUCGUCAGUGUGGAAAAAGUUUCACUUAUAAACAACAUCUUAAUCUACACACAAGAGUUCAUACAGGAGAAAAGCCUUUCUCAUGCCUUCAGUGUGGAAGGAGUUUCACACAAAAACAUCAUCUUAAUUUACACAUGAGAAUCCACACAGGAGAGAGACCUUACACGUGCCAUCAGUGUGGAAAGAGUUUUGCAUAUGCAGACAAUCUCAAGAAUCAUCUCCUCUGUCACUCUGGAGAAAGACCAUUUGAAUGUGAUAAAUGUGGUAAAACAUUUAGUGUGGCAGCGUACCUAAAAAAACACCUAAAAGUGCACACAAAUGAAAAGCCUUACAAGUGUUCUUUUUGUGGAAAGAGUUUUGCAAACCUGUCCUAUUUUAAAGAGCACCAGAAAAUACAUACCGGUGUGGGGGAUCAUAUGUGUUUUGAAUGUGGAAAGACCUUUAUUACAGCUAGCGAAUUGAAACAGCACCACAUAAUUCACACUGGAGAGAAACCUUACAAAUGCUCACAAUGUGGAAAGAGUUUCACUCGGUCACAAAACCUGAAAACACACGAGAGAAUUCAUACUGGAGAGAAACCUUUCAAGUGCUCACACUGUGGAAAGAGAUUUACUCAGUCAGAAAACCUUAAAACACACGAGAGAAUCCAUACUGGAGAGAAACCUUACAAGUGCUCACACUGUGAAAAGAGUUUCACUCAGUCACACGACCUGAAAACCCAUGAGAGAAUUCAUACUGGAGAAAAACCAUACAAGUGCUCACACUGUGAAAAGAGUUUCGCUCGGUCACAAAACCUGAAAAUACAUGAGAGAAUCCAUACUGGAGAAAAACCAUACCAAUGCUCUUCAUGUGGGAGGAGUUUCAGUGCAGCAAGUCAUGUAGUUACUCAUAUAAAAAGUUGUUGCCCAAAGUAAUCACAGAGAAAAGUCCAUCUUAAGGUUCAAUACUUGAAUUAAGUAGUUGAAAAGUCAAAUAAUACCAAGAUGGAAUUUCUUCCAAAAGUGUAACAGCAUCUAAGAAAAGUAAUUUGUUAAAAUCACCUGUAUUGAUGAAGUUUGGCCUUGCUCAGCAUUUUAUUAAUUACCCGUUUCCACCUGGUAUUAAUAAUAAAAGGGGUGUAAAUCACAAGUUUCAUCACAAUACGAUCAAAUAUAAAUUUUCUUAGCCAGUGAUCCAUUGGUUGACGAUACCUCAGUCUGCCGCGAUUCAAUUCUGAUUUGAUUCAGGGGGCUGUGAUUGAUAUGAAAUGAUAUUAUGUGCCUAUUUUACACAAUCAGUUCCAUUUCUAUUAUCUCGCAAAUGCAAUGAAACAGCUGUUCAGAUAUUCUUUUCAACAUCACAGUAUCUUUAUUUGUUAUGUUACAAACAUUCAACUUGUUCAAAAACUAAAGUUUUAAGACACUACCAUCCGAGCUGGCUGUUUAGAUGCAGUAAUGCGGCGAUGUUUUCUGACAUCAAACAUGAAUGUAUAAACUACUUAGUCCACUUGAGACUUCUUUGUCCUUCAUUUAUUCUCACCCCUUCCAGCGCAAGGAUGAGAAUUUUUAGAACCAACUGUGCUUGAUGAACUCCAUCACAUGCUGCCUUGCAAUGUAAACAACAUGGCGGCAUGCAUACCCAGGAAUCGCGUUCGCAAUUGCAUCUAAUCUAUCGAAAUCGAUCAUUAUGAACAUCUAAAAAUCGCAUUAUAUGUUUGAUUAUAUAUAAUGUCUACCUUUGCAUCAGCAGUGAAGUGUAAGGUGACAAUUUUUACUUGCAGCGUGCAUUAAAUAACUAACGCUGAAGGAUUAAUAUACAUCAAUGCAACACGUAAACAUCGAUGACAUCUCUUUGUUGGUUAGUUGAUCAAUACAACGAUCCAGGUCAUUGGAUUGUUAAAUCCCUCAUUAAGAUGUGUUUUGGGGAUCUUUUCACAACUGGUCAGCGCUAAAUACCAGUGGAAACGGGUCCCAAAACAUUUUGUUACUGGAUCAAUGAAUCCAAAGACAGAGGUAGUCAAAACUGUAUGUGACCAAAUCGCAUUUGAGGUGUGCAACACUAAUCCAUCCUGAAUGCAGCCCGGACAGCCGGAAAGCACCAUUCCUCACCUGUCAGUCAAUCACUGCACUAAAACAAGAGUUUAAGCUUUGCUGGUUUUGUGUGUCUUUGGGAAAUAACCGUCCGAUUGGAAAAUUUGAAAACGCGAAUACAGGUACAAGCACGAGACAUUCAUGGGUCUUCUUCAGUGUGUCUGAUCUCAACAUGCAGGGACACUGAUUAGAAACAUGAUAAUCUGAAUCUCAAGUUAAUAAAAUAAGCAGAAUUCUAAUCGAAAUGUUGUGUUUCUGCUUGGAUGAAAUUUUAGAUACAUUUGGGAGAAACGGCACACUGGCUCUUUCGCACUUCCUUAAUAUUAUGACUUUUUUUGGAGGUUUAUUAUCAUGCAGUAACACCCUGACAUGGAGAUUGAUGUGUGUUCAUGAAAUCGGUGACCCUUCACUUGAAAUCCGAACACAAGUAGUCACAGGAGACAUACAGUGCAUCCGGAAAGUAUUCACAGCACUUCACUUUUUCCACAUUUUGUUAUGUUACAGCCUUAUUCCAAAAUGGAUUACAUUAUUUUCCUCAAAAUUCUACAAACAAUACCCCAUAAUGACAACGUGAAAGAAGUUUGUUUGAAAUCUUUGCAAAUGUAUUAAAAAUAAAAAACGAAAAAAAUCACAUGUACAUAAGUAUUCACAGCCUUUGCCAUGACACUCAAAAUUGAGCUCAGGUGCAUCCUGUUUCCACUGAUCAUCCUUGAGACGUUUCUACAACUUGAUUGGUGCACUCCACCAAUCAGGCCUGUAUGGUAGAGUGGCCAGACGGAAGCCACUCCUCAGUAAAAGGCACAUGACAGCCCGCCUGGAGUUUGCCAAAAGGCACCUGAAGGACUCUCAGACCAUGAGAAACAAAGAUUGAACUCUUUGGCCUGAAUGGCAAGCGUCACGUCUGGAGGAAACCAGGCACCGCUCAUCACCUGGCCAAUACCAUCCCUACAGUGAAGCAUGGUGGUGGCAGCAUCAUGCUGUGGGGAUGUUUUUCAGCGGCAGGAACUGGAAGACUAGUCAGGAUCGAGGGAAAGAUGAAUGCAGCAAUGUACAGAGACAUCCUUGAUGAAAACCUGCUCCAGAGCGCUCUGGACCUCAGACUGGGGCGAAGGUUAAUUUCCAACAGGACAACGACCCUAAGCACACAGCCAAGAUAACAAAGGAGUGGCUCCGGGACAACUCUGUGAAUGUCCUUGAGUGGCCCAGCCAGAGCCCAGACUAGAACCCGAUUGAACAUCUCUGGAGAGAUCUGAAAAUGGCUGUGCACCGACGCUCCCCAUCCAACCUGAUGGAGCUUGAGAGGUCCUGCAAAGAAGAAUGGGAGAAACUGCCCAAAAAUAGGUGUGCCAAGCUUGUAAGCAUCAUACUCAAAAAGACUUGAGGCUGUAAUUGGUGCCAAAGGUGCUUCAGCAAAGUAUUGAGCAAAGGCUGUGAAUACUUAUGUACAUGUGAUUUUUUUUAUUUAAUACAUUUGCGAAGAUUUCAAACAAACUUCUUUCACGUUGUCAUUAUGGGGUAUUGUUUGUAGAAUUUUGAGGAAAAUAAUGAAUUUAAUCCAUUUUGGAAUAAGGCUGUAACGUAACGUGGAAAAAGUGAAGCGCUGUGAAUACUUUCUGUAUGCACUGUAUUUGAGACUGAUGAUUUUACCAAGUGGAAACAGCAUGCGUCACGGCUGACCACUUGUGAUUGGAUCACUGAAAUCGCUUCUUAAUACAAGGUGAAAACAGGGCCAAUAAGGUCAUGAAACAUUGUAUAAAUAAAGUCAAUAAUUAAGGUCACUGUAUAAAUUCUGAAAACUUGUUAUUUUAGGAUGCUUUUCUGUUUUGAGUGGAUUAAAUAAACAAAUGUAUAUUCCGUUUUUGUUGUCUUAGCUGUU